GCCUCUCUUUUUAUGCACUUUAUUAUUCCAGUCAUGUUUAAUGAGACCGCAAUACUGACUAGAGGUAGCAUAAAUGUUGUCAAUAGUGAGAACUUGUGUGCGUACAGAGGAAAUUUUUUUAAAAAAGACAAAAGCAAAAGGGCGCGAACAUGUGGGAUCGAACUGACGGCUUAGGUAUCAGCGCUUUGCCGGUGCACUACAGAUAUUGAUGCUUAUGUAAUACUCACCCUCCAAUUUUCACGUCUGGCCUUGCGUCUUCAUUUCAACCUUCACCAUCAUGCCGGCUUCUACUUCAAAAACUAAAACCAAAACCAAGCCAGUGAAAUCAGCCAUAGGAGCACCUUCCCAGCACAAUCAGUCUAGCCGCAAGGGUAAACGAGCAUGGCGCAAAAACGUCAAUAUUGAAGAUGUCGAAGAGGCCAUGGAAGGAAUGAGGGAGGAAGAGAGAGUGACAGGUAAACCCCUGCAAAAGACGAAAGAUGACAACCUUUUCUUCGUUGAUGUUACUGGCGAUGAAGAAAUCCGGAAAUCCAUACCAAAGUCACUCACAUCGCAAACCACUGCAGCGAAGAUUCUCGCCCAGCGAUCAGCUGUGCCGGCGGUAUUUUCACGAACGACGUCUUCGGGAAAGAGAAAGACGGUGGUGACGAGGGAGGAGAAGGAGCGGAUGUUGCGUAUUGCGAAGCGUCCAAGGCAGGGUCCUUUUAACAGCGUCGUCGACCCUACAAAAUUCGGGGCGGGGAGUGCUAUGAUUGGCGUAACGGAGGCGGUGAAAAGCAGUGGACAAUUCGACCCUUGGGCUGAGGGCGAGGAACAAGAACCCGAGGUACCAGAGGGAACAGAGCGUCUCCAGAAGAUGCCUGUGAAGGCCCCAACGCAUGUACAGCCCCGGAAAAUCAUCGAAGUCCCGGCAGUGGUCGAGCCUCACCUUGGAACCUCAUAUAAUCCUCCAGUUGAUGCUCAUCGUGAGCUCCUUCUCAAAGCUUAUGAGAUCGAGGAGAAGAGGAUCUCGGAGGCUGAAAAACUGGCAGAGGUCAAAAACCGGAUGGAGAAAGCGAGAGUAGAUGCGGACGACGGUGAUAGUGGUGUACCCGGAAUGAAGGUCGAUAUCCCCACUACGGUUGAAGAGGAGCAGGAGCCGUCAGAAGUCUUUGUUAAACCGGCCCCAGAGAGGAAGACGAAACAACAGCGAAGAAAAGCCGCCAAGGCACUGGCUGAGAAACGUGCACUAGCACACAGAGCUGCUAAUAAACGUAUGCUGUCCACGAUUGACAAAGUCAAAGCUUUACGCAAGGAGGCGAAGCUGAACAGCGCCAAGCACGAUGCAGAGCGUCAACAACGUCGGCUUUUGGCCGAAGCCAAGUUGAGGAAAGGGUUGUCGGGGCAAAAACUUGGGAGACACAAAGUAUCGGAGGGUGAAGUCGACGUGCAGCUUGGAGAGGACCUCAGCGAGAGCUUAAGGGCGCUCAAGCCUGAAGGUAAUUUGUUCAGGGAUCGGUUCCUCAGCCUGCAGCACCGAGGACGGAUUGAACCUCGCGCGCUCGUCCUACCUAAGAAACAGAGAACACGGACGGUCGAGUACGAGAAACAUGCGUGGAAGAAGUUUGAUAGGCAGCAAUGAGAUGCCGUAUGCUAUCUUGUCUUGUGCCACACUUGAGUAGUGCUGAUUUAGGUCUGUAAUAUAGGUUACAUUAAUGGAUAGGGUCGCCGAUAAAAUAAACACAGACACAUCCUAACAUGCCUGAGAGCAAAAGUGCACGAUCGACUCCUCUUUGCUCCCGCUAGAGACUUGUCCUAUCAAGCAUGAAAUAAAUAAAAAUGCCGCUCAACCAGUGUUCGUGCCACUCCACAGAAAACGUUCAUUGUCCAAUGCA